AUGCGCGAGUCCGAAAGUUUAAGACUUGACACGCUUCCAACAGAAGUUAUAGUCGCAAUAUGCCAAUACUUAUCAAUUUUUAGUAAAUGUCAACUUUGUCGAGUCUGUUUGCGGUUUCAAUUAAUAAUUUAUAAUAACAGUGAAUUUUGGCAACAUCUCGACUUGUCACAAUUCGGUGAAAACCUUACAAAUCAACACCUGUUUACGAUUCUACGAACGAGGUGGAAAUCAAAUCUACCAAAUCGAUGGUUAGAUAUAAGUGGAUGUCGAUUGAUCUCUUCUUCUGCACUAGAAAAAUUAGCAGAAACACAUUAUAGUUUUCAAGGAAUUCACUUGAAUGUAGAACCUAGGUUUAAUAUUUGGGAAGUAGCAUGUAAUUACGAUGAAUGGAUUAAAUCUCAAUUUUAUAGAAAAUGUCCCACAUUCACAAAAAUUGGACGUCCGGGUUUAUAUCGACUGUGGCCGACGACAGCAAGGUCAUCAGCACAACAAUGGCAAAUCAGUAAUAAGUCCAUUCAAAUAAUUCUUCAAGGUUCGUUUCAAACACUCAAAUAUCUUUCACUCGGGAAUCAAAGUUUAAGUCGUGAAACUGCGACAAUUAUCGCAUCUUGCAAAACCUUAACACAAUUAGAUUUGAGUGGUACCAAUUUAGAUAACGUAUCUCUUCAAGACAUUCUAUCACAUACUAAUCAGCUUGUUUCACUCAAGCUAUUGGAUUUAGAGUUGUCAAAUAUGACUUUAAUAAUGAUUUCACUCUUAAAAAACUUACGUCAAUUAUAUUUCAGUGUAAUCAAUAAAGGGAUAAUUUCUUCAAAAACGAUUGCUGAAAUGCUAAAAUGUUUGCGAAAAUUAGAUGAUUUCAGAAUGAACCAAAUAAUGAUUGGUGAGGUAGAUCGGGUGAUUACGGAGGGCUUAGCAUGGGUUGUUUGUGAUGAACCGGUUGAAGAUGACACAAAAACGAUAAAUCAAUACGAUUCCAAUGGAGAUAAGUCAGUUCAACAGGAUAGAGCGCCUAUUCGUUAUCUAGACCUUUCACCAAAAUUAGAUAUAUAUCCACAGUGUAGAGAACGAUCGAUGCAGAUUGAACAUUAUAUCUCCAUUAGUAAUGAUUCUUUACAAUCUUUGGCUGUAAAUCAUCCAUUUUUGGUUUCUUUUAGACUAGUCAAUCCUUAUGCAAUCAAUGCUGAAGGAGUUGAUGCACUACUUUCAGUACUUAAUUGUCUAGAAAUAUUUGAAUUGAGAUGGCGUAGAGCAGAAGUAGACCAAAUUCAUAAAUUAACACCAAAAUUUUGUCCAAAAUUAAGAGAAAUGAUCUUACAUGGGGUGGAUAUUGCAGAUUUUGAUGUUUGGUUUGGUGAGCACAAGGAUUUGGAAGUUGACCAAUGCGAAAAUGAAAUUUUAUUUGAAGGACGUUCGGGAGAGAUUUUUAAAAAUUUGGAAAUUCUUGAUUUGGUGGAUGCUUCAGGGUUUUCUAAUAAUCAUUUUAACAUGUUGAUUAAAUAUUGUUUAAAAAUCAGAAAAGUUAGAUUAUUACGAACUAAUGUUGUUUACUCUCAAAUUAACAUUGAUAGUAGAACGAUUUCGAAAAAUGAUUCUGGCUGGAUCGAUAUUAAAUAA